CCGCCCUGCGCCCGGCGAGGGGCGUGUGCACCGGCGGGGUACUCGCGGGCCCCAUGUUCACGGAGCUGAGAACCAAGCCGAGCCCCCCGCGAGGCCGUGCCGGGGCUGUGCGCGCCGGCUUCGGGGAGCGUCGGGAUGUGGAUGCCACUGCCCAUUUCAACUUCUGCCGGACCCUCCUGGAUCACACGGUGUCGGCCGAGAACAUCCCCUGCCCCCUGCCUCGGACACCGGGUACCAGCCUCACGUGGCAUGACUCCCGAAGCCAGAGGGCAGCUGGUGGCCGGCCGGUCAAGCUCCUGCAGCAGCCUGGCACCGAGGCCCCCCAGGGCCGGCUGUACUCUGACCACUAUGGCCUAUACCACACGAGUCCGUCGCUGGGUGGCCUGACGAGGCCCGUGGUCCUGUGGAGUCAGCAGGACGUCUGCAAGUGGCUCAAGAAACACUGUCCCCACAACUACCUCGUCUAUGUGGAGGCCUUCUCUCAGCACGCCAUCACUGGUGCCUGGGGGGUGGGAGCUGGGGUGUGGCAGGGGCAUGGGGCUCCUCCCCCAUCCCCUCUUUCUCGGUUUCCUCUUCUUCUGGGUCAUCAUCUCUCCCAGUUCCUCUGUUUCUGCUGUCACCUGGCUUUGCUCUGCUCAGUCUCCAUUCAUCCUUACCCGCCCUUCACCUCUCUCCCUCUCUUGCCUUGUCUCUUUGAGUCUCUUUCUGAGUCUCUGUCUCUGCCCACCCCACUUAUGUUUUCCUCUGUCUCUGCCUUUGCUCUUGAAGCCCCUUGGAUGGUGACCUGGGCUCCACCCCUCUCCUCUCCCCUCCCUCACAGGCCGGGCGCUGCUGCGGCUGAAUGCAGAGAAGCUGCAGCGGAUGGGGCUGGCACAGGAGGCGCAGCGGCAGGAGGUGCUGCAGCAGCUGCUGCACCUGCAGGUGCGCGAGGAGGGGCGGAGCCUGCAGCUGCUCAGCCAAGCUGCUGCCUAGGCUUGAAAUCCGGACCCCAGCACUGUGACCGGAGCCUCAGUGAGGAAGAAGCAGAGCUGGCCUCGCAGCCCCUCAGACCCUGCGUGGCCAAGCCUAGCCCAGUGGACAGGUGGGACCAGCAUCACCACCGCCAACCAUCUCUGGUUGUGCGCUCCGGGCUUGCCUGGGAGUGGGGUGAGCGGGUAGGCAGGGGCUGCCUACCAGGUGGGGUCCUUCCUACCAGGACCUGAGCCCAGGCCCACCCCCUGGUGCUGCUGGCAGCAUGCAGGGCAGCCACCUGGAGCCAGAGCAGAUUUUGACAUCCCCCCAGACUCCCAGGGAGCCUGUUUAUUUAUAUUCCCUUCACCCGCGUUGAUGUCCGUCCUCCACUGCCUGCUGAGUCAUGCGUCUUCUAGGCACCCUGCCCUCUCCCAGGGCCAGAGGUCUGCCCCUUGCCCCAUUCACACCCUUCCCCAGCCCUGAGAGGACUGCCCUCACAGGUGGGAUGAACUGCCAAGGCUCCCUUUGGUGUGUGCCCCUCCCCUGUUCCCACCCAGAGAGUGGUCAUCAGCACAGGUCCAGCCAGGCACCAUGUCAAGUGCUCUCACUCAUUUCUGAAACCCUUACUAUGUUCCAUCUACUCAUGGGGACUGGGACUCACACCCAAGACCUGACAGACACAAGGAGGACCACACCCAGCACCAAUACCAGGCUCAGCUAUGUCCUGGCCUUAGGUUGCGGAAUGGCUCUCUCCUCCCAGGGUCAUAGAGACUGCCUUCCAGGCUUAAUCAUGGGUGGGCAUUCCAGGAAACCUGGAUCCACACAAGAGCUGUCUUGACAGUAGCACCCCCUGCCCACCCAGGGGAGACCCAGCCAGUGUGCAACCAUGAAUGGAGACCCAUGCAACCAUUCAGUGGGUCAGAGGGCCCCAGAUUUGGGACUGGUGCAGCCGAGCAGAGGGAGAGCUAGGGUGGUCCCGAGAGCCCCCACCUCUUGUUCCUCUGUCCACUCACUCCCCUAGGGGACUCUGAAAACCUCGGGUCAGUUGGUGCUGAGCCAUGAGCCCCCAAGCUGUGCCCUGAGCUGGCCUCAAGAUGGGAAGUUGGUUGUUGCAGGUCUCACAUGGAAUGUGAACAACUGGCCUGGUGCCUCCCACCCUGUGCACCCAUCAUGGAAAGCCCCUCGUCCUUCUCAGCUCCCCUGAAUAUCCCUAGCCAUCUCUUGCCAUCAUGACAUGAUCCUUUCCAGGGAUCCUUCCUCUUUCCCCUAGUGCCUCCUUGUCUUGCCCCCUCAACCUCACUGUGCUCCUGUCUCGUCUUCGUUGUUUUGCGUUUUUCUAU